AUGACUCCCGCUCUAAUGAUGCUGCGAACCGUCGGGGCACGCGAAGGCGCUAGAUGGGUAUGGUUCCAGAACAGGCGGACCAAGUGGCGGAAAAAGCACGCCGCGGAGAUGGCGACCGCCAAGCGCAAACAGGAGGAGCUCGGCGAGGAGUGUGACGAGCAGGAGCAGCACGAGGAGCCGUGCAGCGACGACGACGACGCGAAGAGGCCGCGGCUCGACCACCUCCACCUGCACCACAUACCGCACCGCCAG